AUGGAUCAGCAACAAUCAAACAAGGCCCAUAGGGGAGCGGCGAAACGAACUGGAGCAAAGAAGAAACUUCAUCAGAAUGGUAAUAAUGCAAAGGCUUUUGCUGUGUCUGCUCCAAGGAAAUUGGAACGAAUGGCAAGGAGGUCGCACGAUGUUAACGAAAGGAAAUUGCAUGUGCCAAUGGUGGAUAGAACUCCGGACGAUGACCCACCACCAGUGAUUGUGGCAGUCAUGGGCCCACCAGGUACAGGUAAAUCCACUUUGAUCAAAUCGCUUAUUAGACGACUAACAAAGACUACAUUGACGGAGAUCAAAGGUCCCAUCACCGUGGUGAGCGGUAAACGAAGACGUUUGACCUUUAUUGAGGUUAAUAACGAUUUGAACUCCAUGAUUGAUAUCGCGAAAGUAGCUGACCUUGUUCUUAUGUUGAUUGAUGGAAAUUAUGGUUUGGAGAUGGAGACUAUGGAGUUUUUGAAUAUCGCCCAGCAUCACGGUAUGCCAAGAGUGCUUGGUGUUGCAACGCAUUUGGAUUUGUUCAAAUCACAAUCUACAUUGAGAACAUCGAAGAAGAGAUUGAAACACAGAUUUUGGACCGAGGUAUAUCAAGGAGCUAAAUUGUUCUACCUUUCAGGUGUUAUCAAUGGCCGUUACCCAGAUAGAGAAAUCUUGAACUUGAGUAGAUUCAUUUCCGUGAUGAAGUUUAGACCGUUGAAGUGGAGAAACGAGCACCCAUACUUAAUGGGUGACCGUAUCACUGACUUGACACAUCCGCAAACAAUUGCAGAAAACCCAAAAUGCGAUCGUAAAGUGGCAAUUUAUGGCUAUUUACAUGGAACACCAUUACCAGCAUCGAAUGCUCAAGUGCACAUUGCAGGUGUUGGGGAUUACCUGGUUUCUGCCAUCGAAAAACUUCCUGAUCCAUGUCCAACACCUUAUUUCGAGCAAAAAUUGGAAGAGUUGGAGAGAGAGCGGAUGAAAGCUGCCGCCGAGCUGGGAGAACCUUUAGCAAAGACAACUAGACGAAGAAAAAGGUUGGACGACAAGCAAAAAAUUAUUUAUGCACCAAUGUCGGACGUAGGCGGUGUUUUAGUGGACAAGGAUGCUGUCUAUAUUGAUGUUGGGAAGGAAAGUUUUAACCCUGAGAACAACGAGGAUGGAGAAUUGAAAGGCGAAGGAGAGACUAUGGUGACCAAUUUGCAAGAGGCGGCCAAAACCAUGGCCGAAAGAUUCGAAGAUGGGCCCGGAUUACAAUUAUUCUCUGAUUCCAAGGCUAUAAGAAAUGCUCUGGAAGACGAUGAAGAAGACGAUGAAGAAGACGACGAAGACUCAUUGUCUGAUGAUGAGGAAACCCUUGUGGAUACAGGGAGGAAAUCAAUGAGGCAUGCAAGAUUGUAUGGAAAAUCUGUUUCAGAAGAUGACGAAUUUGAUGAUGCUGAGUCGGACGAGGAAGAUGACGAAAAUGAUAUCAAUGGAGACAAUUUUGACCUCGAAGGAAGGCCAAGGUUUGAAGAAAUUGAUUUCAAGAUUGAGAAUGGACCAAAAUACAAUCAGAAGGAGUUGGAGUACGUCGAAGAUUCUGCUCUUUCAUCGGAUGACGACGAUGUUUACGGAGAAAAUGGUUCUAGUUAUAGGUCCACUGCUCUGAGAUUGAGAGGUUCGGGCAAAAGGCGGUGGGAUAUCAAUAAAUUGUUGUAUAUGACAAAUAUCGAGCCACUGGAUGCACUCCAGAGAUGGAGGGGCGAGGUGAGUAAUGACGACGACGACAAUGACGAAGAAGAAGAUAUCAAACAAGACGACGACGAGUUGUUCUUCAAAAAGAAAGAGGUCAGAAAUGCCGAUGCUGACCCUGAUACACUGAAGCCCCAAUUUGCACCACUUGAUGAGUUGAAAAAGAAGUUUGCUAAAAACGAUGAUGACAGCAAUAGUGACGAAGAGUAUGAGAGUGGGUACCAGUUACUUAAGAAGCGUUUGUUGGUGGCACCUAAACUAAACGUCGAGGGGGAAGAAGAUGGUACAAAUGAUGGUGCAACAACAGCAGCGGCUGAUGGUGAGGAUGAAGACGAAGUAUAUGGGGAUUUUGAGGAUUUGGAAGAAGGAGAAGAAUCUGGUCGUAACAUAGAAGGUCAUGGUAAAAGUAUGAACCUCGCUGAAGUAGGCGAUGAAGAUAAAGAUGACUUUGCCAAUUUCGAAGAAGAAGAGCGCAAGGAGGAGCAAGGAUUGGAUGACGAAGAUAUGGAAAAUUUGAGUGUUGAAGAAAGACGUAGGUUGAAUGCAAUUAAAAAAGCACAGUUGAAGACUCAAUUCGAAGAAGAAGAAGACCGAGAAUUUGGUGCUGAUGACCCUGAAGGGGACACUGAGGCCGAGACGUGGUAUGAAUUUCAAAAGAAUAAAAUGGCGAAACAGUUGGAAGUUAAUAAGGCACAAUACAGCGAAAUGGAUGAACAGCAGCGUAUCCAGAUUGAAGGUUACAAGGCAGGAUCUUAUGUCAAGAUUGUGUUUGACAAAUUACCAUGUGAGUUUGUUGAAAAUUUCAACCCAGAGUUCCCACUUGUGCUCGGUGGUUUAUUAUCCACCGAGUCGAGGUUUGGAAUUAUGAAUACCAGAAUCAGGAGACACAGAUGGCACAAAAAAAUCUUAAAGUCCCAAGAUCCGUUGAUUUUAUCACUUGGUUGGCGUCGUUUCCAAACAUUACCAAUUUACACCACAUCAGAUUCGAGAACAAGAAAUAGAAUGUUAAAGUAUACACCCGAGCACGCAUAUUGUUUUGCAUCAUUCUAUGGUCCGUUGGUUGCUCCAAACACAACAUUUGUUGGAUUCAAUAUUGUUGACAGUAGUUCAACCACAGGAGCUUUCAGAGUAGCGGCCACUGGUAUUGUUGAAGAUAUCAACUCUUCAGUUGAGAUCGUGAAGAAAUUGAAAUUGGUGGGUCACCCUUACAAAAUAUAUAGAAACACUGCUUUUGUCAAGGAUAUGUUUUCCAAUGCAUUGGAAGUGGCCAAAUUUGAAGGUGCUCAAAUAAGAACGGUGAGUGGAAUAAGAGGUGAAAUCAAGAGAGCUUUGUCGAAACCCGAUGGAUGCUUUAGAGCUACUUUUGAAGAUAAAGUAUUGAUGUCGGAUACAAUCUUUUUGAAAACUUGGUACCCAAUCAAGAUUAAGAAAUUCUACAAUCCAGUCACUUCGUUGCUUCUCAAUCACCAUUCAGAAUGGAAGGGAAUGAGGUUAACUGGUAUGGUCAGGGCAGAGAACAACAUCCCUACACCAUUACAAAGCGACUCUCAGUAUAAGAAAGUCGAGAGAACCGAAAGACAUUUCAACCCGCUCAGAGUGCCUAAAUCUAUAAGAAGCGAUUUACCAUUCAAGUCACAAAUUCAUGAGAUGAAACCACAAAAGAAGCAAACGUAUAUGAGCAAGCGAGCUGUUGUUUUGGGUGGCGAGGAGAAGAAAGCUAGGGAGUUAAUGCAAAAGAUUGCCACGAUUAGAAAGGAAAAAGAUGUAAAGAGAAAAGCUAAAAAGGGUGAAAAGUUUAAAGAAAAAUUAAAAAAGAUUGCCAAAACCGAAGAGCUUCGAAAAGAGAAGGAAAGGGAGAGGAAGAAAGAAUAUUUUGCAAAAGAAGGCAAGAAAAGAAAAGUGUCUUCUACCGACAGUGCAGGUGGCAAGAGAAGAAGAACAUAA